CAAUGCUGUGCUCUUCAUGACUGAUAAUGACUGGGCAAGGUUUUGAGACAACAAUGACAGCCAUGAGUUUGACCACUGCCUUGAAUCGCAGCAUGACAACAGUCACAACAAAUGCAACCUCAGACACUUGUGGCCUGUCACAGGUGCCAGCACAUCCUUUUUUUAUUUUUUCUUACUCUGUAGUAUUCCUCAUUAGUUUGGUAUUGAAUACCAUCACCAUACGAGUGUAUUACUGCACUGCUCUAAGAUUUCAGUCCAGUGUCACAGUCUACCUAAAGAACCUCGCUGCAGCUGACUUCUUCCUCUGCCUUGUUCUGCCAUUGCGCAUUGCAAACUAUGCUAGUAAAUCAACAGUGAUGCGACACAUUUAUUGCAAUUUUGGUGCUGCAGGCUUCUACCUUAACAUGUAUGCCAGCAUUCUCUUCAUGGAAUACAUUGCUGCAAACAGAUAUCUAAAGAUUGCUCAUCCAUUGGAGACUCAUGCACUGCAGACAGCCCAUUCUGCACGUUGCAUCUCCAUUAUAACAUGGGCUUCCUUGUCUGCAGUCGCUUUAAUUUACAUUGCUAUGUUUCUGAGCCAGAACUCCUGGGGAACCAAUCCACAGUCCAUCGGGUGUGAUGGCUUACACAACUCCCAGGUCAGCAUGGUGUACAAGAUCAUCCACAGUGUUUCUGCAUUCAUCUUCAUCUUUGUGCUAGUGUCCCUGAUUCUUUUUUACUGGGGCACAGUGCAGAGGCUUCAACAUGCUCACCCUCCUGUACAGACUCAAAGGUGCCAACAUAAACUUAACAGGUCUAAGCGCAACAUGCUAGUGCUUGUAUUGGUGUUUUGUGUGUGCUUUGUGCCCUACCACCUAGUAAGGUUGCCUUAUGCCUUCCUAAAGCCCCUGUUAAAUGGAUGUGGUACCACAGCCAAGUCAUUUUACAUAAUAAAGGAGGUCACAGUUCUGCUUUCAGUGCUCAAUGCCUGCAUGGAUCCAUUGAUAUAUUUUGUCUUUUGCAAGGGAUUUCGGGAGAAAAUAAGCAACAGAAAAGUCCCAUUGUCCACUAGUCUAAAGCUGAAGAAAGAUGUAAGAAAACAAAGUAACACAGAAACAGAUUCCCAUGCCUCAAUGAGAUGUGAAAGUCUCAUUCAACCACAUAAUAUCCGUUUGUGUCAGACAGAGCUGCAAAAUUUGUCCCAAAAUGAUAAUAACAAUGAUAUUCAGCAGUGAAAGCACAUUUUUAAAAAUAGAAAAAAUAUA